AGAGCUGUCGUCCCAGCUUCGCCUCGGACCACGUAUUGCUAUCUGCCGCUCAGACCUCCCAUUUUCCCGUUGUACGGUACAGUGAAGCGUACCAACGUACGCGCCAUACGAGGUUGUAUGCAACCGCCUUUAUUGCCGUAUAUAUUUUUUCCUUUCAUCUUCAGAGAUUCCUUCUCGAUUUUUCGUUUAUAAUAAAGGAAGCGACGUGAGUCAAACCGAAGUUCACGAUGAAUGAGAUCCCCUCUGCCGGCGAGACAUUCCGCGGCGAUGACGGCACCGUCUCGACCAUUCUCCCCUCGAACUACGGGCAGGAUUACGAGGCCUCCGAGGGCGAGUUAGAGGAGUACGCGGAGUUCAUCGGCAUCGACCCGGCCAAGGAACCGGAGCUGAUGUGGAUUGCGCGAGAGGGACUGCGAGCUCCGCUGCCGGAGGGGUGGCGCGCGUGCCAGACUGACGACAACGAAGUCUACUACUUCAACUUCCAAACCGGGGACAGCCUGUGGGACCACCCGAUGGAUGAGCACUACAAGGAAAAGGUCACGACCGAGCGCGCGAAGCACCGCGGCGGCGGCGGCAAAGGCGGCAGCGCGCUCGGCGCAGCGGCGGCCGCCAUCGCCGGUCCGGCCAGCAUACGCACCGGCUCGACGAAAGCGCUGACGGACUCGCUGUUUCUAAAGCCAGCCAGCAGCACCGGCGGGCCGCUCUCCAUCACGACGACGCCCUCCGUGUCCAUCAGCGAUGGUGCCAGCGCACCGCUUCCGGCGCCGGAUGUGUCCGACAUUUUGAGCUUCGCGGCUGCCGCGGCGGUGGCCUCUCCGCUGGGCCCGGGCAGCGCGCGCGGUACGCCCGGUCCAUUCAAGUUAAAGGAAGCGGAGGCGGCGCUGCGCAGGCGGCUGGUGGAGCAAAACGAGACUCAGCUGCGCGCCCUCCGCAUCGACUACGGCAAGAAAGAAGACGCCGAGCGGCAGCGGCUGGAGGAGGCGAAGAGUGCACUGCAAAAAGAGCUCGACGCUGCCUGGGCACGCGUCGAAACGAGCGCCACCGGCGAAGGCACGUCCACCGUCAGCAAUAUUAGCAGUGGUGAUGCCGCCAGCAGCGCCACACAGCGCCGCCUGAAGACCGCGCGGGAGGUGAAGCAAAUCGAAGAGAGUUGGAAGUCACGCCUGCAGGACGUCAGCAUCCGCGUGAAGGAGCUGAAACAGAAGGUGGACACCCAACAGCAGACGCUGCAGAAGAGCAUCUAUCAGCCGCCGGAAGAGCUAAGGAAGUCGUUAGACGCGCGAAAUGCCGCCGAACUCGCGCAGCUGCGGGAGGCUGCUCGGAAGCAGAACGACGUGGCGCUGCAGCGAGUAAAGAGCGAGCACGCCGCCGAGCAGGCGAAGGCGGCCGCAGUAGAAGCCGAGAAGGUGGCGGCGGCGGCGAAGCUGGCCGAAAGCACCAGUGCGCAAAAGAUGCAGGAGCGCAAGGCGCAGAAUGCAGCCAUGCUCGCCGCCCUGCAGGCCGCCGUGGGGGCGAAGCGCGCGGAGCUCACAGCGAACACGAACUCGGCCACCAUCGCAAAGGCGAGCGCAGCACCGCUGAAAGGAGGGCUCUCUGCGCAGGAUAGGGCCGCCAUCAUCGCCGCACAGGCAGCGGCCGAUGCUGAAAUUGCGCAGGCGAAGAAGGCGAACGAGCUCGCUCUCACGCAACUUCGAGAGGAGUACGAAGGAAGGAGGAGGGAGAGGGAGGCCGUCCAGCACCCCACACCGAGCGUGUCUCGCCCGUCGUCGGCGCUGCAGACCCCCACGCACGGCCUCUCACGCGCAGCGAGCAAUAACAGCUUCAGUGCCAACGUCGUGUCCCCGGACGAGCAGGCAAAGCUGGACGAGGAGGAUCAGAAGUUGAGAGAGGAGGUGGAGAGGGCGGCCCGCAUUUACGCGGAGGAAACGGAGUUGAUGGUGGCGAACAAGGAGGCGGGUCGGCAUCUCACUGCGGCUCCGCUGCCGGCGGCGGCGGCGGGUGUGUCGACGGAGGCGGUGGCCGCACUGGCGCGUACCGCCGCCCAAAACCAACGUGCCCGCGACGCCGAAAACGCGCGGCACUCCAUGGCCAUAAAGCAGCUGGAGGCGAAACACGAGCAGGCCGUGCGGGUGCUCAAGUCACAGCAGGACAAGGACGUGGCCGCUGCAUCCGCCACCGCAGCGGCAGGCAGCAGCGCCGCUGCCGCUUUCAACGCGCGUCAACACCCGUCCUUUACGGCGCAGCUCAACGCGCGCAAGCGCAGCUGGGUGCGUGACCACCCGGCACCGUCCAUGGAGAUGCCCACCCUGGCCGCCAUUCCAACUCUUCCUGCGGCGACCAUGAGCUCGUCCAUGCCCGCGGCGACCAUGCCAGACUCUGACGAGCAGGCGAAGAUCAUCAAGGUGCGCCUGGCGCAGAUCCACGACGAACUGCAGCCCAAGUUUGAUCGCGCGAUGCAGGCGUUGCAGCGGACAAAGGAGAGCGAAAUCGCAGCGUGGCAGACGAACUACCGAGCGGCUCGGUUGGCAGCGGUGCAGGCGGCGUUGGCGUCUUUACAAAAGGAAAAGGAUGCGGAGGUGGAGGCUGCGAAACGCAGCGCAGAAGAACACGCAGAGGCUACUACUGCAAACGCAGUCCAACUCGCUGCUGAGACAGCUGCGGCUGCUGCUGCUGCGGCAGCCCGGAAAGAGGCGGAAGAAGUCGCCACGGCAGCGGCAAACGCGAAGCUGCGCACGCUGGAGGAUAACGUACGCGCGUUGGAGACGAAGGCCGCCGGCGAAGAAGAGGAAUUGAGGGCGUCAUGCGCAGCCGUAGCGAAGGAAAUCGCCCAGCUGGAGGCGACACUGCUGAGACUGACGAAGGAAGUGGAGGCGGAGGAGAAGCGGCGCGAGGAACAACAGACCAAGUCUGCCGCUGCCGCUGCGGAGACCGACGCGCUGCUGACGAGGCGAAGCGAAGCGACGGCGGCAGAACCCGCCGUGCCGUCGUCUACGGCGUUAGUUGUGAAAGACGCCGACGCUGAGGAGGAGGAGAACGCGCUGCGAGCACGCUGGACGGGUCUCUUGAAGAGCCUCCGCGCGGCCGCUCAGCAGGAAAUGGCCAACUACGAACGAGUGCUGGCUGAGAGUGCGAAAGCCACGAACCAGGUCGCCAACGCAGACGCGGUGGGUGGUGCGGGCUCCGUUGCAGGAGACAGAGCUGGCCAACAACGAGAUGACGGGCUGCAGGGUCUUGGGACGGGGUCUUUGCCCCCCACUGCGCCCGUUAUCAGCAGUGGCGGCGGCGCCUCCGGUCCAUCGACUGCCGCCACGCUCGGUGCCGGUCCCCCUUAUCAGUCCUCGUUGAUGCUCGGCAGCGCCGCAUCGUCACUUGGGUUUGCAACCCCGCUGCAACGACCGCCGCUGUCGUGCAGUUCGGACUACCGGAGCUGUCGCACCGAGAGCGGUGAGCUGAACCCAAAUGUUCGUCUUUUCGCUCCGACACAGCAACCAUUGCCACCGCCCGCGUGGACGAACUCCAGUGGCGUUGGUUCCUCGGAUGCUGGAUUCAUGCCCUCUGCCGCCAAUGGCGGGCGCUGUGCGGACCCAACCGCGAACUGGCCGCGCGGUGCUGGCUCAGUGGGCGGCAACGAUGCCCGCGCCACACUUCCCGCUCCGUACUACGCUGGCAGCGGCGUCGAUGAGAGCAGCCGCCUUCUCUCCCUGCCGCCGCGUCAGGCCAUGCCGGAUGCUGCUGCUGCGCUGUCAGGGCAGCGAUCAACCCAGGGCUGGAACGCAGAGCAUCGUGCAAGCGGCGUGGAGGGGGACGAUGGUGAUGACCAGGCUGGGCGGCUGGCCGCGCUUCAGCAAGCAGCCAGAGAGCGCCGGCAUGCGCUGCAGGUGCAACGGCGUGAAAUUGAGCUUCUACGCGAGGAGUGGAAGGCGGACAUGCAGUCUUGCAAGCAGCGAGACGACAGGGCGCAGGCACGGAAGCUGCGCGCGGUAAAGGAGGUGCUGGAGGAGCGCGCACGCAGACUCAACGAGGAGGUGAUGGAGUUGAAGGCGGUGCAGCACGAGGUGCAGAAGGAGGUGCGCCGCUACUCGGACUGGGCUCAGCAGCAGCGCGUAGGUAGCGAAACCACAGCGAACGGGACCGCCAACGCGACGACAACGUAUCAUCCAAGCAGUCCUGAAAACGAGAGAAAUCAGAGCGCGUACGGUGGCCGUGCGGCGGCGGAUGUGGUGGGGCUUCUCGAGAGCAUUGUGGAUCGGACGGAGCGGCUGGAAAAGCUGCUGCUGCGAAGCGUACGCUCGACCAGCGACCACUCUCCGUCACCGGGCCGCGACACUGCUCGAUGCUGA